AUGGCCCAGUUUCAGGAGGUCCUGGCUGAGAUAGGUGGCUUCGGUCGCUUCCAGAUGCUACUACUAGUGCUGUUGAGUAUCCCCAGCUUCUUUUUUUCCUUCAGCAUGCUCGGCCAGGUGUUCAUGGUCCUGGACGAGGCCCACCACUGUUCUGUGGCCUGGGUCAAGAAUUACACCGUUGGCCUCAAUGCUAGCCAGCAGCUGGCCCUGGGCAUCCCUCUGGAUGCCGCUGGCAACCCAGAGUCCUGCCUCAUGUUCCGGCCACCCCCUGACAACGCCAGCUUGGAGGACAUCCUCGGCCACCGCUUCAACGAGACACAGCCUUGUGAGGAAGGCUGGACCUAUCCUGAGGGCAGGCCCCAGUCCCUAACGAACGAGUUCGACCUCGUUUGUGACCGGAAGUACCUGAAGGAGACCUCGCAGUCCGUGUACAUGGCUGGGCUCCUCCUGGGAGCACUUAUCUUUGGGCCUGUCUGUGACUGGGCUGGCCGCAAGGUCACUGUCCUGGCCCAGCUGCUGCUGUAUGGCGUCAUGGGCCUGAUCACGGCCUUCAUGCCCAGCUUUGAGCUCUACACAGUCAUGCGUUUCACGGUGGCCACGGCCGUGGCUGGCUACACAUUCAGCAGCAUCACCCUGCUUGCAGAGUGGUUGGGACCCUCGUGGAGGACCCAGGUGCUGGUCCUGGCACAGUGUUCCUUCUCCUUGGGCCAGAUGUUACUGGCAGGAGUCGCCUAUGCGAUCCGCAACUGGCGGCUCUUCCAGAUUGUGAGCUCUGUGCCCAUCUGUCUGCUCUUCUUCUACGUCUGGGUUCUGCCAGAAUCUGCACGCUGGCUCCUGAUUCGAGGAAAGGUGGACGAAGCCAAAGUGUUGAUUCAGAAGGCCGCCUCUAUCAACAAGCGGAAACUGUCCCCAGAGUUCUUAGACAAGCUGGCUCCAGAAACGACAGGCCCCUCCGGGAAUGCCCUGGACCUGUUGCGACAUCCCCAGCUCAGGAAGAUGACCCUGAUUCUCUUCUACGUCUGGUUUGUCGACUCCAUGGUGUACUUCGGCAUGGGCUUCCAAGUGGGGAACUUCGGCCUGGACAUCUACCUGACUCAGCUGAUCUUCGGGGCCGUGGAGGUUCCCGCCCGCUAUUCCAGCAUCUUCAUGAUGGAGAAGUUGGGUCGCAAGUGGAGCCAGCUGGGAACUCUGGUUCUGAGUGGCCUCAUGUGUCUCAUCAUCAUCUUCAUCCCAGCAGAUCUGCCCGUGGUGGUCACUGUGCUGGCCGUCAUAGCCAAGUUCACCACAGCGUCUUCAUUCACCAUCUCCUAUGUGUACACAGCUGAGCUCUUCCCCACCAUCAUCAGGCAGACAGGCAUGGGGCUGGUGGCCAUCUUCUCAAGGAUUGGCGGCAUCCUCACACCACUCGUGAUCUUGCUGGAAGAGUACCACAGGGCCAUUCCUAUGGUCAUCUUCGGCAGUCUCCCCAUUGGAGCAGGCCUGGCUUGCAUCCUACUGCCGGAGACGCGUGGUCUGGCCCUAAGGGAUACCAUUGAGGAUCUGGAGAAGACGCCCCCUCCACGGUCCCCAGAGGCAGCACCUUCAGAAAAGGGAACAGAGGCCACGGGGAAGUCUCCCAGCUCGGGGGUGGCUGCUGUGAGCAGCACUUACUUCUGA